UCUUUUUAUGUGCUGUGCAUCGACAAAUCGAAGCUCUGUACAAGAAGUAGGUCAGUGACUAUCGUGGCAAGAUUUUUACAGUCUUUCGAGAACAAGGUCUAUCGAAAGCAGAUUUUGAAAAGCUUGCUAAAAAUAUGGGUGGGCUUUUUUCUUUUAAUAACUUCUUAUCAACAAGCACAAAUCGAAAAGUCUCUCUCAAUUUUGCCAAGAAAGCCUUAAGCACAAAUGAUAUGGUUGGAAUACUAUUCCACAUAACAAUCGAUCCUAACGUGUCAUCAACUCCAUUCGCCUCCAUUCGUGAAGAAAGUUAUUUCAAGAAGGAAGAUGAAAUUAUUUUCUCCAUGCACACUGUGUUUUGCAUUGGAGAAGUUCAAAAAAUUGACAACAAUCGUGCACUUUAUCAGGUGGAUCUAAAACUUACGUCGGAUAAUGAUCCCCAACUUCGAAAAUUAACUGACUAUAUACGUAAAGAGGUCAGCGACACCGGAUGGUAUCGAAUGGAUAAAUUGUUACUCAAAAUAGGUCAAUUCGACAAGGCUGAAGAACUAUAUACAGUGCUCCUACAACAGACGAUCAACGACAGUGCCACAGCACAUAUUUAUUACCAACUAGGAUGGGUGAACUCGAACCAAGGACAAUACGAACGAGCAGUUGCAUUUUACGAACAAUCUCUGAAAAUCAACGAGAAAAUUCUCACCGAAGAUCAUCCUUCAUUAGCUGCUACGUACAAUGAUGUUGCUCUAGUGUAUAACAGCAUGGGUGUCUACUCGAAAGCACUUGAAUUUUACGAAAAAUCACAUAAAAUCGACGAAAAAGCUCUGCCUCCGAAUCAUCCUGAUUUGGCUACUUCGUACAGCAACAUCGGUCAAGUGUACAGCAACAUGGGUGACUACUCGAAAGCACUUGACUUUUACGAAAAAUCACUUGAAAUAAGAAAAAAAGCUCUGCCUUCGAAUCAUCCCGAUUUGGCUAUUUCGUACGACAACAUUGGUGGAGUGUAUAAUGCCAUGGGUGACUACUCGAAAGCACUUCAAUUUUACGAAAAAUCCCAUCAAAUCAAUGAAAAAGCUCUGCCUUCGAAUCAUCCCGAUUUGGCAAAGUCCUACGACAACAUCGGUCUAGUGUAUACAGCAACAUGGGUGACUACUCGAAAGCACUGGAAUUUUACGAAAAAGCACAUCAAAUUUUCGAAAAAGCUCUGCCUUCGAAUCAUCCUGAUCUGGCUAUUUCCUACGACAACAUCGGUGGAGUAUACAGCAACAUGGGUGACUACUCGAAAGCACUUGAAUUUUACGAAAAAUCACAUAAAAUCUACGAAAAUCUGCCUUCGAAUCAUCCCGAUUUGGUUGUUAAUCACUUGAAUUUUGCAGCAUGUUACGAAAAAAUGGGUGAUUACACAACAGCUCUUAAAGUCCUUUAAAAUGCUUAUCAAAUUCAGCAAGAAGCUUUUGAAGAAGGUAAUCCAGCUUUUGCUUCAACAUACAGCUGGUUUGGAAAAGUUUAUCGCAGUAUGAAAGAUUAUUCAAAGUCACUCGAUUACUUUCAAAAAUGCCUUACAAUAGCUCAACGAACAUUACCAGAAAGACAUCCCGGUCGGGCUGUCACAUACAGUAAUAUUGGUGAUGUUCAUCGUUUAAUGGGUGAUUAUGAAAACGCACUUUCAUUUCAUAGAAAAGCUUUAAAUAUUCAAGAAAAUGUUCAAUGUAAUCCUCUCGAGUGUGCAACGACAUAUAUAAAUUUAGGCGAAACAUAUCGAAAAAUGAAAGACUAUUCAAGAGCAUUGACAUAUUUUGAAAAAGGAUUAAAAAUACGUGAGAAGAAAUUAUCAAAAAUUCAUCCUGAUUUAGCUAUUGUAUAUCACAAUUUGUCAAAAUUGUAUUUAUCUACUCGACAAUAUAGUAUCGCAAUGAAAAAUAUUCAACAAGCGAUAGAAAUUGCUCAAGAAAAAUUACCUUCAACUCAUCCACAUCUCGUCGAGUAUAAAGAAACAUUUGAAAAAAUUCGAAAGAAAAUGUAA